AUGGAUCAGAAAAGCCAAAGCUUCGAUGGGGUUGAAGCUAUUGAGGAGAUAGAGCAUGACAAAAAUGGCAGCCUGGAGUCUUGCAAAAUCUCUGCAAAACUGCUUGAAGAAGCACAGCUAAAAGGUGACACAUUACCACUGAGAGCAUUCUACUUUGCUGUGGCAUCUGCUCUGAAGCAGGAUGAUAUAGCACAAGCCCAAUUUUAUUGUUCUCAGAUAAGGAAAACAGAGAAUAAGCUAUACAGUAACCUUAAGGUUCUUGUCCAGCUCAGAUCUGGUUUGCUAGAAGAAGUAAUAAAGACUUUAGAGGCAGCAAUGGAUGUAGAUACUCCUCCCUUUGUGAAAAAAAUCGAAUUUUCUGAGCAAGUGCUGGCCACAGCCAGGGAAAAGAUGGAAAAAAACCCUGAAUUUUCUGCCAAAUUAAGAGAUAUUUAUACCAAACUACAAGCUUCAGGACGGAUAACCACGUGCACGCUGGAAGACAUGCUUUUCCAGAUUCCUAGUUCAAAGAAGAUUCCAACAAAACUUAAUAAAAAACAAUUGAGUUAUCAGGCUGCUAAACUGCUUCGGUCAAAUCUACUGUUAGAAUAGCUCAAUAUUGCUAAACUGAACUAAUGUCACCUAGAAGCAUGUUUGAAUAAAAUGUCUUCUUCCCUUCUGCACUGUGGGAAA